CAGUCCUUGGGACUCAUUCAGCAGCUGAGAACUGGGGUGGGAUGUUAGAGACCCCUUAGCCUCAGCCCUUGGUGAUGGCAGCCUGAGUGAGACCCUGAGAUUUCUCUUGAUUUCUGGGGUUCCUGAAGCUCCACCAGAAAUGCAGUCUGGUGAGAAGCUUGAGCUGGGGAAAACAAGGGCAUCAGCUCCUUCCCCAAAGUGUGGGAAUGGCUGUCAACAGGCUGAGAGGAAUUAAGACUCUGAAUCCCUGUUCCCCAUGCAGGGAAACCUAACCAUGGCCCACAGGAGAGGACAAUUGCUGGCAUCCUUGCACCUCCCUGCACCCCAAGUCAUCACACUUUUGUUUUUUCCAGUUUCUUAUAUGUUAUAGCUGCUAUCCUAAUCUUACUUCCAGAUAUUAAUUUGGGAAACAUUUAUUGAGCACCUACUCUGUGUCAUGCACUGGGGAUUAAAUGUUAAGACAAUUAAAGUGCCUCAAUCUUUGGUAGAAGCUCACAGCCUGGCAUUGAAGGAGCCCCUUAUUUUUGGCUGAGGAAAUCUAGGCCCUAAGACAUAAGGUGUGUUGGAAGUCUUCUGUUUGUGGCAGAACUUGGGACUCAAAUCCAGACAGUUCUAAGCUAUUUCUACCUCUCUUCCCAGGGAUCUUGGCCCCACUGUUGAGAUGGAUUUCCUCCCCCCUGCUUGAUAGGCACUGAACCCACUGGAGUUUGAGUGCGAGGGGUGGGGUGGGACUGUCAGGGCAGAAAAGGGGUGAGGUCUGGGGUAGCCCCAGACUAAGUGCAGGACUUGGGAAGGAAAAAACAAAGACUGCUUGACAAUCUGCUGAUUUCCCUCAGCCCGCUGGCUUGCAGAACCCCGUCUCUAGAGAAGGCCUUGGCAUCGCUAGGCCACCCUAAGCUCGCAUGGGGACACCAGCGCAGCCCUAGGGCCAAGGGCGACCCCUCGGAUCGCAGUGGAGAGGGUACUUCGUUGUGGAACAGAUUUUCCCCAUACGCUGCGCACUUCCGGAGUCAUCAUUUUCAGCCUUGCGACCACCUUCCAGACUGAGCCUGCUGUCCACCUCACCCCUCAGGUCCCAUGGGGCCUGGCCGGGCCAGGCGGCUCCUCUGCUGCGGCGCGCGGGGGAGAGAGGCGCAGAGCGUGUCUCCUUUCUCCGCGCGGUCAAGGUUGCACUCCCUUCCCGGGCUCAGACUAACCGUGGGAAAGGCGCUACCUUGGCCUCUCGAGCCUAUCUUCUAAGGCCUGUACACGGAGCCUUUGAACACGCUGCCCCUUCCUGCCGGCAACUGUCCCUCCCCCGCCGCGUGCUCUCCGCGCCAGACCCAGCCUGAGGCCCCAGACCGCGCGCUCAAAUCUGUCCCGUGGCCCUCCUCCCUGAGGGCGUUUUUACAGCUGCCCACCCUACCAGGGGCGGGUGCAUGGGGAAACCGGAGGGAAGGGUUUGGAGACUAGUCCCAGCCCACCCGGGUCUGCGGGAGGGGGCCUUGGGAGCCUCGCCCGGCGCGGAGGCAACGCGGCCGGCGCGGGACCUGCAGCCCGCGACCCCGAUCCUCGCCUCGCACACGAUUGCGGAGCCUGCCUCUGAGGACCGUGCAGUACCCAGGCCGCUGCCUACUCAUCGGCUCAGGAAUGGAGAAGGGAUACAGCACAGUCACCUUCGACGGGACGCCCAGCUACGGUCACACGCCCUCGCACCACGCGGCACAGUUCCCCAACCACUCCUUCAAGCACGAGGACCCCAUGGGCCAGCAGGGCUCGCUGGGUGAGCAGCAGUACUCCGUGCCGCCCCCAGUCUACGGCUGCCACACUCCCACCGACAGCUGUACAGGCAGUCAGGCUCUGCUGCUAAGGACGCCCUACAGCAGUGACAAUUUAUACCAAAUGACCUCCCAGCUUGAAUGCAUGACCUGGAAUCAGAUGAACUUAGGAGCCACAUUAAAAGGAGUUGCUGCUGGAAGCUCCAGCUCAAUGAAAUGGACAGAAGGGCAGAGCAACCACGGCGCGGGGUACGAGAGCGAUAGCCACGCCACGCCCAUCCUCUGUGGUGCCCAGUACAGAAUACACACCCACGGUGUCUUCAGGGGCAUUCAGGACGUGCGACGUGUGCCUGGAGUAGCCCCGACUCUUGUGCGGUCGGCAUCUGAGACCAGUGAGAAACGCCCCUUCAUGUGUGCUUACCCGGGCUGCAAUAAGAGAUAUUUUAAGCUGUCUCACUUACAGAUGCAUAGCCGGAAGCACACUGGUGAGAAACCAUACCAGUGUGACUUCAAGGACUGUGAGCGAAGGUUUUCUCGUUCAGACCAGCUCAAAAGACACCAAAGGAGACACACAGGUGUGAAACCAUUCCAGUGUAAAACUUGUCAGCGAAAGUUCUCCCGGUCCGACCACCUGAAGACCCACACCAGGACUCAUACAGGUGAAAAGCCCUUCAGCUGUCGGUGGCCCAGUUGUCAGAAAAAGUUUGCCCGGUCAGACGAAUUAGUCCGUCAUCACAACAUGCACCAGAGAAACAUGAGCAAACUCCAGCUGGCGCUCUGAGGGCUCCACCCCGGGCACCGCUCCGUGUCCAGGCAGGACGGUGUGUGAACGACUUUGCAAGCUGACUUUAACAUUCCUCCUGGCUCGCCUCUCAAAGAAGGAAACGGCGGCCGACCUUCAUCCAGCGUCCGAGACAAGAUGCCUGAACCACUGGAUCCUACCAGGUUUGCCUGGAGGAGUUGGUCCCUCUGCUUGGCCACCUCUGAGCCCUGGAGAAGUGGCUCUCAGUGUCCAGUUAGUUAAAAGCCCGUCGCCAUGUGGUCUGGAUCCUCCACUGUAAGAAGAGCCGUGGUUGAUACUGUUCCUCCCCCAUCCCCCCGCCCCCACCCCGUCUCCCUUUACGCUCAUUUUCACAAGGAAUGGAGUCAUUGUACCAUUUUCCAUCAUAGAAUAUUUAUAGGCCAGGGCAUGUGGAUGUGUCUGCUAAUGUAAACUUUGUCAUGGUUUCCAUUUACUAACAGCAACAGCAAGAAAUAAAUCAGAGGGCAAGGCACUGGGGGUGAGUCCCGUCCGACAUUCCGGAGGUUAGGCAGGCUGCUAACCUGAAGGCAGGAUGUAGCGCCACCAGGCAGCUUUGAAAACGCCAGCAUUUCAAGCAGCUGAAAAAAAGAAUCAGCACUAACCAGUACCUCUGCACAGAUCUCUAAAGGAAUCUUCCCAUUCAGUGUAACUCAGUGUUAACAGGAGCACAGUGCUCUUAAGAAACUGUGCUUGAAGAUCUGAGAUUUUGUUUGGGGGUUUCUUCUUGACUUUUCGGAGUUGUAAUCAUAGGCAUCUUCAGAGAUGCACAUAUCUCCUCACACAAAGGAAGUGGAAUCCAUUUUCAUCAUCUGGGGGGUGUCCUUAGAAUGUACAGACCACGCUGGUUAUGGGGCUUCGAGUUGUUAAAAAUUAAGGUGACUCUAAAAGGAAAUAAGGGCUGGUCCAGGAUCUCCCACUGAUAAGACUGUUCCUAAUAACUUAAGUAACUUUGGGUCUACAAGUAUAUGUGGAAAAAAAAAAAAUGAGACUUGCUAGUGUGAGGAAAUCCAUUGUUUAAAGGUGGUUGGGUAUAUGUGUGGUUUUUUGGGUUUUUCUGUUUGUUUUUUAAGGGAGGGAGUUUAUUAUUUACUGUUGCUUGAAAUGAUUGUGUAAAUAUAUCUAUCUGAUAAUGAUUUGCUCCUUGACAACUAAAAUUAGGAAAUGUAUAAAUGUUAGAUGCAUCACUGUUUUGGUGUUGAUCUUCCAACAUAUUGAUGAUAACACUAAAAAUGUAACCUGCAUUUUUCACUUCGCUCUCAAUUAAAGUCUAUUCAAAAGGAAA